AUGACGUUGCUUGAGAAAUUGAAACGAGCUAAUUUAAUGUCUCAGCAGAGUGUAGCUGAUGCGGAUGUUGAUAUUGUGCUCAAGGCCAUUGAGACUGCUUUUGGAAGCCACAAAAAUAAAGUGGUUAUUGUUUCGGAAGAUACUGACGUCUUAACAAUGCUUGCUGCUCGGACUCCACCGAAUCUAGAAGUGUUCUUGCUGAAGCCGCCUUCCUCUAAAGUACCUGAUGUUGUGUAUUCUUCCGAAAGCUUAGCAUGCUUUCAUGUGAUGCGACACGAACUCAGCAAUUUUAUAUCGAGGGAAAUACAGGCAUGGUAUGGUUCACAAUAUCAAGACGAGACCUUAGAUCCGUUGGAUUGGGGGUGGGAUUUGGUGGGUGGAGAGCUCAGUCCUGUCACCAUGACCCAGGAAGCCGGUCCGGAGAAAAUUUUAAUCAACAUUUCUUAUUUUUGUGAAACCGACUGUGCCAGAAUUGAAUUCGGCAUCCCCUAA